GGACUACACACAGCCCACCAUACACAAACCAAACAUGAAGGCCUUUAUUGCGUUCGCUUGCCUCGCCAUCGCGACGGCCAAUGCUGGAAUCGCCCAUGGUGGCUACGGUGGCUAUCACGGACACCACGGACACGGUGGCGCCGGCCUGAGCGGAGGUCUCGCCGCCGGAGCGGGCACGGCCCACGCCCUCCAGCAGGGCGCCUCGAGUCUGGGCUCGGGUGGUCUCGGCGCCAACUACGCCGCCGGAGCCGCUUCCGCGGCGGGACACGCCGGCGUGCAGCAGAUCGUCUCGGGUGGCGUGCUCGGCGGCAGGGCCGACAUCGGACCCGCCGAGGGACCCAAGGCCAACGUCGGACCCCAGAGCGGCCCGAGCGACCUCGUGGGACCCCAGGAGGGCGCCAAGUCCAUCGGUGGACCCCGUACCGGACCGGCUAGUCUCGUAGGACCCGCCGCCGGACCCUCGACGCUCGUCGGACCCAGCCAGGGUACCGCCACCCUCGUAGGACCCAGCCAGGCCACCGCUAACCUCGUCGGACCCAGCUACGGUGGUGUCGCCUUCUACGCCGGUUCCGGUGGAAUCAACGGUGACGACGGUAGCUCUGGCUCCGCCGCCGCUGCCGCCCCAGGCGGUCUCGGACACGGAUACGGUGCCGGUGCCAUCGCCGUGAUAGGAGGUGGCCCAGGAAUCCACGGUGGAAUCGGCGGCCAUGACGCCGGUGUCGCCGUGAUCAACGGACCCAGCGGCGCCAUCCACGCCGGUCUCGGCUCCCACGGAGCCAUCAUCCCCGGCCCGAUCCACGGCAAGUGGUAGACACGCUGCUGCUCCUUGAUCACCAUCACGGACGCGCGACGACACCUACCAAUUGCGAGAGAUCUCUACUCGGCUCGGCGACGGCGGCAACAACGACCCCCAACCACAAGCAUAACGCUCUUAUUAUAAACAUUAUACUGGUCAAGAAACCGAUUUUCUAGCGCGUUCUUAUUCUAAUAUGCUCUAGCUCAUGCUCCUAUCUUGUCAUCUUUCUCUCGUCUCUGUGGUUUUUCUCUCUGUAUCUCUGUCUAUUUCUCUCUCUCUCUUUCUUUCUCUCU